AUGUCGUUUGCACAAACGGACCAGGUGUUGCAAGGACCAGCCUUUGACCCUCCCUCCCAUGCAUCAAAAAGCAAGCUCAUUCUACAGGCUGUUUCAGAGAUUACAAACUCCCUCAACGAAGCCAUUUCUUCUGGGGCCAGUCCCUUCGGCAGCUUCAACAGCAGCACAACAUCCUUCUCCUUGACUGCCGCUUCACGGCUCGACUCUUCCCCUAUCAUCGACUUCCAUCACACAUCCGGCUCUCUCAAUCUCUCCGCGGGCAGCACGUCGAAAGUGACUGGUGACACCGUCUAUCGAAUCGGCAGCGUAUCAAAGCUCUUCACCGUUUACGCGCUGCUUCUCAACAAUGGCACCAAGUACUGGAACCGCCCCGUCACCGAUUUCAUACCAGAGCUGCGAAAAGCCGGUCAUAGAUCACUAUAUCAAGAUCCUUCGAUUAUCGACCAUGUGCAAUGGGAUCAAGUCACCGUUGGCGCUCUUGCGUCACAACUCUCCGGAAUUGGAAGAGAUUAUCUAGCAGUCCAGGAUUUCCCCUGGACCAAGCUUGGACUGCCCAGCCUCCCUCCUCAAGACAUCCCCACCUGUGGCAUCAACGAUGGACAGCUGCCGUGUUCUCGCAAAGAAUAUUUUGCAAGCUAUACACAGAGACAUGCCGUCUUUCCACCAUACUCGAAAGCCAUGUAUUCAAACGGGGCCUACAGGAUCCUCGCAUACGUUCUCGAGGCAAUUACCGGCAGAUCAUACGAGGAAGUUGUCAAUGAUGAAAUAUUCGAAACUCUAGCUAUGAAGCAUUCGAGUGCAUUGCCACCGAUCGGCAAAGGAAAAGGCGUAAUUCCUGACGGUGAUGCGGGCUGGAACCGCGCAUAUGGUGAUGAAGUUGCCACAGGUGGCCUCCUCUCUUCAACAAAGGACCUCGUCAAGUUCGGUCGCGCAAUCUUCUCCAACAAGCAGCUCUCGCCCAUGGAAACCCUCCGCUGGAUGAAGCCCAACUCAUUCACAGCCUCACCGUCUCUCUCCAUCGGCGCGCCCUGGGAGAUUGUGCGCACCCGAAGCGGCAUCGCCACCGGCCGCAUUGUCGAUCUUUAUACAAAGUCUGGCAGCGUCGGGGCCUAUCAGUCUCUCGUUAUCCUUGUGCCUGACUACCAGGUUACUUUGGCUGUCCUUGCUGCAGGACCAGAUGCCUCUGCGGCUGUACAAGUCGCUACUGAGACGGCCAUUCAGGUGCUUCUUCCUGCGCUGGAAGAAGCUGCCAAAGAACAGGCAUGCGACAAGCUUUGUGGAGAAUACUUCGCAUCAACAGACGCCUCGAACUCGUCCCUCGUCAUCACAGUCGACGAUAGCCCGGGUCUCUUGAUCAACAGUUGGACUCACCAAGGCCACGACCUCAUUGCCGCCGGCCAAGCUUACGCAAACGCCACCCGCGGCGGCCAGAUCCAGUCCGUAAGGCUGUUCCCCUCCGGCCUACAGACACGCAGCCGCGCCGCGUACCGAGCGAUAUUCCAGCGCGUCCUGCCCGACGAUGAUGCGUCUGUUCACAAGGUGUUUGACCCAGCGGCAGGGACGUGGGGCAUGCCUGACCAGCUUAUGUACGGCGGGAUCGCGGUCGACGAGUUUGUGUUUCAUGUAGACGCCGGCAGGCGUGCCGCUGCGGUUGAGCCGCGCGUUUUGAGGGCGGUUUACAAGAGGCUGGAGAUGUGA